AUGCAAGCGUUCAUUAUUGCCUUUGAAGCUUCCAAUCCAAGACCCAUGCGUACCUGCGCCAUUUGCAGCGCUAUGGGCUGUUUGCAAGGUGCUGCUGCCAAUGCAGGCCGUAUCGGGGACAUUGCCUGCGAUCUGCCAGAGUUGGAUUUCACCAGCUCGACACGUGAAUCAUCGCUCAAACAGUUUCAGGACCUGUACCUCGGCCGAGCAGCCGUCGUUCUUCGAGGCCGCGCCUCGGGGUCUGCGUGGCAGCACCUGCGCCGACUUUGGGCGCGGCAGCGCCUUUUCGCCAAGCAUGGUACGCAUCCUGUGCGGCCUAGUGACCUGCAUCGAGGCUGUGGUCUGGCGUUACGGGCGCAGAAGAAGAGGACUUCUGUGAUGCACUCGGCCAUGGCGCCGGGGGGCGGCUGCUGCUAUUUGCAGCCCCACCACGAAGUUCCUUUGGAAGCUCGUGCUCACUUACAAGUUCCGGAUGAGCUGCGAGAUUUGCGAUUGCACGGCCCAAGCGUCAGCAUUGGUGGAAGAGGUUCCACGGCGGUGUUGCACAGGCAUGAAGAAGCCUGGAUGGUGCAGGUUUAUGGUCUGAAGUUGUGGCUGGUCGGAUCCGCAGGCGGCGAGCUUGCAGCCGAUACCUUGGCACAGCCCUGCCGCUACAAGAGGUACAGGACUAACGCAGCCGGAAGAAUUGAAGUUCAAACUGCGGAUGGUCCAUUGCAACUGCGGCGUUGUGUGACUGGGCCAACAGACGUCAUGUACAUACCCGAUCGCUGGGCGCAUGCGACGUGUGGCCUGAGCAAUUUUAACGUUGGCGUUGGCUUUAUUGGAUCCAUCUCCUCACUACCGCCGCUGCAUCGCGCGAGCGUCAUUGGGGAUCUCCCGGGGGCAUUGCAGACUCUGCAAAGUCUGCCGUGGUCCCAAAUGCUAAGACCUGCUGGCCCAGGCAUGUUGAACGAGGACGGCUUGCUUCCCUUGCAGUGGGCCGCCUGGAAUGGCCAUCUUUCACUGGUGAGGCUGCUCCUUCAGGCAGAAGAGGUGGCGGAGAUGGUGGACGGUGCCGGAAGUAUUGGGAGCCUCGAUUUUGGCGCGGCCCACGCGCUGGGAUGGGCCGCGGCACGGGGCCAUGUCCCUGUGGUGGCCUUCCUAGUGCGGCGCGCUGGCCACGCUAGAGAUGAGCAAGGAACUGGGCCGUUACAUUGGGCAGCUGCCACGGGGCACACCUCGGUUUUGCAGCGGCUCCUUGCGCUGAAGGCGGACCCCAACAUGCCCGAUGCCUAUGGAGCACGGCCUGUGCAUUUCUUGGCUGGAGAGGGGCAUGUGCCGGUUCUGAGACUGCUGCUGCCCAGCUCAUACGCAGUCGUGAAAUCGUGGAACCUGCGUCCCCCGUUUAAGCGUUGA